UGCUCUUUGAAGAAGAAUGUUGAUGACUCAAAUACAGAACCGAACGACAUGACCUAUUUCUGCGUUAUUGUUGCAAGUUAUGGGUUAAAAUCUCGACAGUUGGAUAACUACUAAAUUCGAGCAAAUUAGAAAUGGCUGCGGACAGUCGCAGUCCAUCCGCUAAAGUCCCCAUGCGAGAUGGUAAAGAAAAGGGACAAGUGAGCAGAAUCAAGAAACUUAAGAGAAGAAUAUCAGCAAGUUUUGGCAAGCUUUCUCUCACCAAAGAAGAUACGAUACAUGAAAGCGACCAAGAGUCAGACCCUGGGUCCCUGAGUAAUGGCUACUCGUCUCGUGAUGAAUCUCUCUCCCCUGCUGAUCUCCCCAUCCUGAACGGCAGCGGCCAUACAGCCACCAACGGCAGCGGCAACUGGCGAGACGUCAACCGCGGGCACUCAAAGUCAGCUGUGGUUCCCCGCAUGUCAACUUCAGUCUCAGGCAAACGUCACACCCCUGUUAAGCGGCACCACUCAGCAGGGGACAUGUUGGUGACCAAUUUCCCCACCACUGAAAGCGACCGACUGCAGAGGCCCAAGUCUGAAGGCCAUGCCUACUGUCGCCAGUUCCUCUCCAAGCGAACCUCUAGUUAUGGGGGUCAGUCUCCGUUUGGCCGAGCAGACUCCUACCAUAAACUGGAGCAGCUCGGCGAGGGCUCAUAUGCCACUGUCUACAAAGGUAUUAGCAGCCUGAACAAUCAGGUUGUGGCCCUGAAAGAGAUACGUCUUCAGGAAGAAGAGGGUGCACCUUUCACUGCAAUAAGAGAAGCGUCUUUGCUGAAAGGUUUGCGUCACACCAACAUCGUUACUCUCCAUGACAUCAUUCACACCAAGGAAACACUCACUUUUGUAUUUGAAUAUGUGCAUACAGAUCUAAGUCAAUAUUUAGAAAAGCACCAGGGUGGCUUAAACCCAUUCAAUGUGAAGCUGUUUUUGUUUCAACUGCUGCGGGGUUUGUCCUACUGCCAUGAAAGGAGGAUUCUACACAGGGACCUCAAACCCCAGAAUCUUCUCAUCAGUGAGAUGGGAGAUCUCAAACUAGCUGACUUUGGUUUAGCAAGAGCUAAGUCCAUUCCUAGUCGAACCUACUCCCAUGAAGUGGUCACCUUGUGGUACCGCCCUCCUGAUGUGCUGUUGGGCUCAACUGACUACUCCACAUCACUAGAUAUGUGGGGCGUUGGAUGCAUCUUUACAGAGAUGAUAUCCGGCCUUGCAACCUUUCCCGGUAUGAAGGAUGCCUUUGAUCAGCUGGAUAAAAUAUUCAGGGUGCUAGGUACACCAACUGAGUGUACAUGGGAGGGCGUGUCCAAGUAUCCCCAUUAUGAUACAAAAAAGUUUGGUGUGUUUGUGCGUCAGCCACUGUCAUGUUGUAUACCCAAGCUGUCCUUUGUACAACAUGCUGAAGAUUUAGCUGCUAAAUUAUUACAGAUGGAACCAUGUCGUCGUCUGUCUGCAAAGUUGGCGAUGAAACAUGACUACUUCCGGGACCUGCCUCCAAAGAUACAUGACCUCCCUGAUUCUGCCUCUGUGUUCAACAUUCCUGGGCUGAAGAUGCUACCGGAGAUGGAUGAAGUGGUCUCCAAGAAACCUACCGGACGCAGUGGGAUACGGACAACGCUCAAGGCAAAGCAAGUAGAUGUACACCCGAAGCAGUCAGCAUGAGACUAGAGAAGAUGAAGAGUAGCCUGUAUAACCCUAUGAGAGGACUUCCGAGUGUAAUAUAAACUGUGUGUUAACACGGUGUCAACACUGUGUUAACAGAGCGUGCUAAGCAGUGAGAGUGUGGAGAGCGAGAGAGAGAGAGUGUACAGAUUUCACUGUGUUCAUGUUGUCGCUGUUCGUAACAAGGCAGGAAACUCUUGUACAUAGAUUUUUUAGAACUCAGAGAACACAUCUGCUGAAAUCUCUCUUGUGAAAUGGAGAUGACUGGACCAGUAAGAAUUCCUUUCCUUGACAAUACAUGAAUUGAAUUUCCGUUUAAUACUGAAACAAUACUGUUUGAAGAACCUAGGUAUUGACUUUGACCUUCAGAUGUUUUGACCUUGAUCGUUAUGAUGUCAUUGUUGGGAAGAUUUAGACUCAUUAAACUAAAUGACAUUAUUGUGAACCAUAAAUACAUCAUAUAGCACUAUAUCAAAUUAAUAUCUGUUUGAAGUUCACGGUAAUUAGUCAAGAGGUUUGAGGAUUUGUCUUCUCCUUAUGUAAAUACAAGACUGCAGAACAAUCCAGCCAAAAAACUGUUGUUGCUACAUUCCCACCCUCGUCAGUGUCUAGGUGGUAGACAGUGUCUGUCUGUACGUACAUGCAUCUGUUUGUCUGGCCAUCAGUAGUAGCUGCAAAAAAUGGGAGGGGCGUUCUCUGUUGUAAGCAAUUUGUGUUGAGACACUGACAUACUGUGGGAAGACCCAUCCGUCAUGUUACCAUGGAUACAGACACAUCUGAUGACCAAGCAGAUAAAACUAUUCUGAUACAAAGUGAAGGCUCAAGCGGAUGUCAUCAGUGAAUUUUCAUUUGUAUUCUUUCCUGCUAAGGGACUCCUGAGGAAAUCAGAUAUGUACUGAAUAGUUUCUUUAAGAAAGUAUCAAUGUGUCAAAAUGUCAAGAUAAUGCUUUUAUGUGACUUUUUAGUUUGUUUUCACAUUUGUCAUGAAGUCUGACUCUGUUCUGCUACAUUUUGUGUAGGUAUUUAUCAGAACCAACAACCCACCUUCCUUCACCGAAAGAUUCCCACUUGCUGACUGGUCACAACUUUUAUCAAGCAGUUCUGUUGGCUUAAAUUGUUAUUAUGUGUACAUAACCACUUGUAUCAGUUCCUUUCAUUGUCAGACUUCACAAGGAUCAACCAAACCAAGUUCAUGUCUCAGUAGGAAGUAACAGGGUGUCUCAAUAAUUGAAAAAUCCUCAUUCAGAACCAAAAUAGUUCAAUGUGUUGAAAUGACCACUGAGAAUAUACAAAGGUGAGGCUCUACAAUUAGUUGUGAGGAUAACAUCAUCACAAUACAUCUUAGCUUUGUGUAUGGAUUGGGUCAGUGCAGCAGUUUGUCUUAGAAUCUUAGCAUUCCUGUAAAUCUGGCAUGUCAGAUCUAGUGUCAUUUUCACAAGGGAGUAAAUAUCUUGUUCAGGUUUUACAAAUAUUAUUUUCACACAAGGAACCACGAAAUGGAUGAGAUAUGAAUGAACCUCAAAUCUUGAAAGAACAGGGAACAGUUUACAGAUACCAUAUGUCAAACUGAUUUUUAUCAUGACUAAAUCACCUUUAUGUAAUUCAAAAAUGUGUAUGUUGGUAUAUGUGAAAAGACAGAAGUUCAGAUUGAUGUGAAUGUUUAUGAGUCAAAAGACCCUGUGAAACUGGUAGGCCAGGUCUCAGAACAAUUGAACCAGGGGUCCAAUACUGCUACAGAAAUGUGGGGUCAUUUGUUUUAUCAGGUGCCAAUACCCUGGUGACCCCGGCUAUCUGAAGCACUGAAUGAUAUUUCUAGUUUUUACGUGUUUCUCAUCUCCACCCCUUCCUGUAAGUCCUUUAUGUCUACACACUUUAACAAAUAUUCUCCAUUCUGAAAAAAGGCAAUUUAUUUCUCGUUUUAAAAAACAAACAAAUCAUUGUUUUAUGUUUCUGGAUGAAAAGUUGUUCUGCCUUGCAACUUCGUGUUUUGAACUCUCAGUGCCAACAUUCCCCAGGAUAAACUCUGAUAACAAAAGCGGGAUAUUGCUAAAAGCGGCAUAAAACUAAACUCACUCACUCACUGAAGCUGUGUGUGGAGAUGAGAAACACAAGAUUAUCGAUGGGCCAAUUUGUGGACAAAUACUACAAUGUGUAGGCGAGACAGUGUGGUAUAGCAGUUCAACGAUUCCUCAUUAGUGAUAGAUUUGACCAACAGAACUUAGAAAGGUUGUCUAAGUUUUUUACAACACAAAGUGAAUGCCUUUUACAAUAUGAAGUGCAUUUUGUAUUAUUGCCCCUCGACUACACAUGGAGAAUGUUUUAAAGAUUGUGCUAUUUUGUAUAAAUGUUGAUGAGUCUUAUGACGAGGCUAAUUUUUUAUAACCCUUUUACAGCAUAGUGAUACAAUCCUUUUAGAUAGGCUAUUUAUAUGUCCCGUGUAUAGAACCCGUGUCUGUUGUGUAGACGCCACAAGUCUGAGGUAGAAAGUAUAUUAUGGGCAUACUACCAGCAAAUGGAUGGAAUAUAAGUGAAAAUAACCAAAAACUUGUUUAUGCAGUGUUAAGCAAUACUCACUCACUGGCUUCAUGAUAUUAGAAUGAAACCUUAGUGAGUGUGUUAUUAUACAAGACUGACAUUGUUUGUAGCAUGGAGAUUGUAUUUUAGAGGGCCAUCAGUUGUGUAUCUAUAUGUGGAAGCUGUGUUUCAUUUGAUUGGAAAUUAAUCUUGUGUAAACUGUCUGAAUUUGAAGUUGUCCUUAGGCCUAUAAUGUAUUUUGUAUUUCAGCCUAAAUACUAUUUUUUCUCCUACUUUGUAUACAGUUGCAGCUCACGGUUUGUUUCCUGAAUUAUUGUUUGUUUGUGUAUGAAAGGAACAAGCAUUCUAUUGUCGUUUCAUGACCGAGUGAAUCUUAUUCAUAAUUAAAUGUUCAUGAUGAAACAGUCUCAUAACAGAAAAACACCAGAAGUAAAACCAGAAUAAAAUAUGUUGAAAGUGAAACCUGAAUUAAAUGUCAGUAUGUAUGGUGAGAUGGUGAUUCUCCUAUAUUGUAAUGAUAUUACUGAAUCAAAAAUGUGUGGAUAUGAUUUUUAUGAUAUAGAAUUGUAAGCUAUAUACUUGCAUUUUGGUAGAGACGAGAGGACCAGGAUGUAGUGAGUGCAAUUGAAUGUCUUGACCCUGUCAUCACCAGUGUAGCUGAAGUGAUGCUUGUGUCAGAAUCGGCUACAUUGUUGUCGGAAUCUCAUCGUGUACAUAACCAUGCUCUGAUUGUGUCUCAGUCCUAAGUCUUAACAAGCUAAAAUCCUUUGGAGGAUUUACACUGUGUCAUCCUUAGUGAUCCAGUGUAUCAUAUCUUCAUUCUGUUUUGAUACAUAUUUGCUUCCAUGGUUUUAGUUUUGAAAUUACAUCACAGAUGGUAGGAGGCGAUCGGGUGGUCAGACUCGCUGACUUGGUUGACUUAUGUCAUCGUGUUCCAAUUGCAUAGAACAAUGCUAAUGAUGUUGAUCACUGGAUUGCCUGGUCCAAACUCGAUUAUUUACAGACCGCUGCCAUAUACCUGCAAUAUUGCUGCAUGUUGCAUUACACAAUAAAACCAACCAACCAACAUCACCAAUGCCUCUCCUGAAAUGUUGUUCAUAGAUCUACAUUCAGAACUGCAGGCACAAGCAAAACCUUUUUUCAAAACAAGAAUACUGUUAUAAACAUUUUUUUUUUAAUUGCAACAGUUUAAGUAUUUAUAGUAGGGAGCAAGAUCCUGUUGGCAUGAGGCAUGCCCAGUUGUAUUGGUGACAUCAGCCAACGGUGAUGCUGAUGGUACGUCCCCACUUGUUUUAGGUGGGAUAGCCUUGGUUAAAGCAUUAACUCGUCACUCUGAAGACCCGGGUUGGAUUCCCCACAUGGGUACAAUGUGUGAAGCCCAUUUCUGGUGUCCCCUGGUAUGAUAUUGCUAAAAGUGGCAUAAAACCGUACUCACUCACCAGAGUCUGUCAUAUUUUCUGCUGACCCUCCCCAGAUGUCCUCAGCCUCCUCUCCCAACCCCCUCCCCCACCUCCACCCUCCUCCACCAGAAUGUCACUGUGUCCAGGUCCAGGGUAUUCAUCUUAAUGGAAUGGAGAGAAGAUUUCUUAGAUUUAAAUUGUUCAGCUGUUACUCUUUUCUCAUUCAAGUUUUCAUUAAGUGAAAAAUACUUUUGGGAUUCUUUAUUCCUUUCAGUUUGUUUUUUAAAUUGUUAAUUGUUGGAUUCAAACCUUAUUUUAAGUUAAAAAGUUACAAAUAUAUUUGACAUGCAACCCAAUACCUGUAAAUGUGGUUUAUGAAUUUGCUAUGUUCACUUACACCAGGUUUUUACUUUGACCAGGGUUUACAUAACAAACUAAACUCCAUAAGAUAUGGACACAAUGUACUUCUCACUCCAAGGCUAGUUAGGAAUAGUCUCACCCUUGUCCAGUUUAUUACAUCUGUUAUGACACAUACCCAGGAUAAUUUGCACCAUACUUUCAUUUGGAGCGUAACGUGAUCGGGUGGUCAGGCUCGCUGACUUGGUUGACACGUCAUCGGUUCACAAUUGCGUAGAUCGAUGCUCAUGCUGUUGAUCACUGGAUUGUCUGGUCCAGACUCGAUUAUUUACAGACCGCCGCCAUAUAGCUGGAAUAUUGCUGAGUCCGGCGUAAAACCCAAUUCACUCACUCACUCAUUUGGAGCGAGAUUUGAAAGGCACAAUAGGCCUGGGGUAUUUACUGUAGUCAAAUGUUGAUAUGAUACCUUGAUAACGGAGGAUGUGUCUCACUGACUGUUCAUGUUAAAUGUUAUAGUGUUUGUUUGCAAGAGUGCCUAUUUCUUUGAAAGGUCAUACCACCGUUAAACCUUUUGUUGCAUAUUGUUCAGUGUUCUAACUAACCAUUUUGUACACAUUUUCUGUCUUUUUGCUUCUAAGUGGAUAUUAAAGUAGAAUUUUGUCUUGCUCUGUUAUGAUUUUAAGAGAAAGGUUAUGAAGGAACUAAAUGUUCCUCAGUGAUAGUUGACUAUUUCAGCUAUGCUCAUCACAGAAAUGUGUGUUGAAUGUUCUAGAAAUACAGCACAUUUCAUGUAUUUUUAAAUAUUUAAGGGGUGCAAAAACCAAAACCAGAGCCAUUCAUGUGAUUCCAUCAAAGGCAGGUUAAAUUGCUGGUUUUUGUUGAUGUGUUAUUCUGGUAAUCAGGUUCCUGAUAAUCAGACUCUUAUUCAGUAUCCAAAUGGUAUUUUCCCUCUGGGAGAAAUAUUAUUUUGUCACUUUGGUGACAGUGUUAGUUUUUUAGUCAACUUGCCUUGAAUAUGGUCUCAUAUCCUGCAUAUGUUCACAUACCAAAGUUUUAUUUUCUGCAAUGAAAUUUUAAUAUUUAUUUUUAUUUUGUCCGAACUGCAUGUUUGUUUUGUGUAGCAUCAGAUUUGUGCAGCUUUUUUUUGUGAAAGAAUAUACUUGUUACUGUAUUAGUGAUAAGUCUUUCUGUAUCUUGCUGCUUCCCAUCUCUUGCCUGCCCUACAUUUUUAUUGAGAAAUGGAAAAAAUAACAAAACUUGUUAUCUCAGUUUUGCCCUGAUAUUACACAGACAAUUACUCUGACCAUUACAUAUUUAUUAAUAAACAGGUCAGCUUUAUCUUUCUUCAGCAAUAUUUUAAAAAAUAAAUAGAUUAAUUUGUUUUCAAAGCAAUGCAGCUGCAAUUACAUCAUAAAUGAUAAAACCUUUCAUAAAAAAGUUACGCAUUAUGUGUAAAACAAUUUUUCAAUGUUCUUUUUUUGUUUUUGUUCUGAUGUUCUGCUUGUUGAGGCUGAAUCUACAUCUUAAGUCAAAUUUAGGAUUAUCAGCAAUGCUGAAAUGUUUCAUAAAAUAAGUUACAUGCUGAGUGUAAAACUAUUUUUGAAGGUGUUUCUUUUUGUUGUUGCCAGUUUCCUGCUGGUUGAGUCUGAAGAUGAGAAACACAUUUAACUAUAUGGAUGGCCCAACGCUUUUAAUACUGUGAAAUAUGAAACUACAGAACACAUCUUGAAGAUUUAAUGAACAUUCCUAAUUGGCAGUUGGUAACACAUAGUCAUGACAAUGUUGAUGCAUUGGAUUAUUUUUGCAAUAAUGUGUAUAUCGGAAUAGUGACGCGUGCCACUUGCAUUAUGCUAAUUUCUUUGUAUAUUGAGCAUGUUUACAACAGGGCACUCUAAUUGUCGAUAUGUGCAUGUACUCGGUUUGAGACUGACAUAGCUUGUCUUUUUCUUUGGGAUUUGGAUAAAAGUGCUUUGAUGUCAUACUUAUACCCUGAAAUCAGUCACAUAAUUGGUUGAAACCAAAACAGACAAUCAUGUCUAUUAGCUCAACAUUCUGUAUGUCUUAAGUGAUACUGAACAUUUGUGUGUGGAUGUAGUUUUACUGAUCUUCCUUGGGUGUGAAACUUCAAUGUGUCAUGUUGUAACUGACUUUAUUAACAGCCUGAAGUCUUGGCAUCAAGUUCCACCUGGCCAUCACAACGACCUUGUUUCCUCUCCACUUCUAGUCUAGUUCCAGACCCUAGAGAAUAUAUUACAAGGGAGUCCAGCUCAUGUCUAGAUUGCAACAACCCUCAAAUUAAGAACUGUUCUGGGGUUCUUUAUGUAUUUAUUUAUAUAUUUUUGUAGAUAUAUAUUUUCGAAUAGGAGAACUAUUUCUGGGACUAAAUGUGAGUCUACUCCACAUCCAACUACAGUUUCUAUUGCUCCUCUUCUACCCAGCCCUUCUUUGCUACACCCAGCCCUUCACCCAGUUAGGCACCAAGCUCUUCUUAUUCAUUUCCUGGUCAAGAAAUGCCUGAUGAAUACGACCAGCAAAGAUAUUCGAUACCUUCUUUGAGUGGCAUUUCUAGAAGUUGGAGAGUCAGAUCAGGACAAACUUUAAGGAUGAACAACUGCUUCAUUCAGGUGAUGCGAUGUUUCGAUCCAGAUGUUUCGAUACAGGCACCUGCUUGCCAACGAUACAAGGUUGUGUAUCGAUACGUCACAUCACCUGAAUAUAGAAGUUGUUCAUCCAAAAUGUUUGGCCAUAUCUAUUCCAUACCUCUUGGAUCCAUGUUCUUACACCUUCUCAUAAUAUUGUCUGUGGAGAAGUAGCCACAUGGUCAAGCCAAUAACAUAGAUUCGGGUAUCAUCUGUGACAGCCACCAUCUGUGGCCCUAGCUGUGACAACAUACACAUUACUCCUUGACUAACCUAGUAGAUGUAUGUACAGCGUGCCCAUGACUUAGCUGCCCUUGGUGAACAUGUCCUGCUAUCUGUACUCUAUAACCUGUAGCUCAUGAUCUCCUGCAGUGCCCAGCCUGCAACCUCCUUGUCUCACAUUUCCAUGGAAACCUGCACCAUUCCCUAGCCACCAGAUAUACGAAUUUCCAUGAUGUCUGUUCCAUGUCUAUUUGUCCUUAAUCCGGUGGUGCUACUAGUCCCAUUCAUCAGUAUGAAAGUUUUGGAAUUCAAGACAAACUUAAACAUUGAAAUGUAGUUAAUAUUCCUGUCAAAUACUUCUAGCAGUAUCGCCAUUGUGCAAAAUUCUUCUGCAAUAUCAUGUUUCUCACACAGUUAGAGACAUGUGACUCAGAAGUGUUUCCAAAUAUGCACUGAGUUACCUUUGUUUCUGAAGAAAACCAAAUUUAUCAGUAUAUUGCAACCAAAUCUUUAACCAUCUCUACAACUUUACAUGAUGUGAUUGUCAGUGGCAACUGUAGAAUAGGUUGACGAAUUUGUCCAAAUGUUUGGGGAGUGAUGGUUAGCGGUAUCAGUUAAGCCGAGUUGAUGUAGUAUAUGGACUGAAAUCUGUGGAGUAUGCCAAGUGUUGUUUUGCCAUGUGUGUUUGCUGCUGUGAGAGUCCUCUGUAUAGUGUGCUUGUGUAGUAACUUAUAGAUGCAUUCCAGUGCCAAUCCUCUGCAUCAGCAUCCUACUGAAGCUUGUCUUGUCUUGCUCAAACUGGUUUGUGCCACAGCAUCAGUAAUGGUUUAAAAAAGUUUACAUGUUCCUUAGUGUCAAGUUAAACUUGACUUUCUACAUCCAAGGAAUAAGGAACAUAAAAAAUAAUAUUUUAUGGACAGUUAUUAAGAAUGAAAUGAAACAGAUUUAGUUGACACUUUUGGAAAGUUACAUUACAUGCAUUUAGUAUAUAUUGUCAUGAAAAUAUCUGGGGUUGCAGUGUUAAACAAUAUUAACUGAAAUAGCUCAAAUUAUGAGCAAAUAAGGUAUAUUUGUUAAGUUUUACUUUUCUAUUUGGGGCGGUGGGGAAGCCUAGUGGUUAAAGCGUUUGCUUGUCGUGCCGAAGACCUGGGUUCAAUUCCCUAUAUGGGUACAAUGUGUGAAGCCCAUUUCUGGUGUCUCCCCUGUCAUGAUAUUGCUGGAAUAUUGCUAAAAGCGGCUUAAACCAAACUCACUCACUGACUACUUUCUAUUGACUUUGAGAAGCAAGAUAAGCUUGUUAAUGCUGAUGGUGUUAUAGGGAAACAAAGGAUGCACAUACAUAUAUAUCUGUGCUUGGCAUUUAUGUUCAUUUGAAUGUGAUUCUGUUUGUUCUCUAGUCUUAAAGAUAUACACUUCUUGCAAGCUGCUAAAAUCACUCUGCGCUGAUCAAUAAUUAAUCACUAAUAAAUAGAGUGAAACAAUUAUAUCCAGAUCAAGUGUUUCCAGUGUCUGCCUUGUAGGCAUCGUGGGACCAAUGUCAUGGUGAUCUUGUCAAGGCAGAUCAAAUCUACAGUUUAAAACAUACAUUUAAAUUGUUUUGUUCCUGCAGUGCCCAUGUAUUGCUUUAAGUGUAUAUUUUUGCUGUAUUUUAUUUGAAAUCUUUUGUUGUUGUAUUAUGUGUAUUUAACCAUGCACGCAAACUGGUUUUGCUGCUAGCUUCUCUAGCUGUGAUGAUCUUGCUCACAUUGUUGACGAUGUUUUAUUGGUAGUGACUUAGAACUAUGCAUAGCUCCAGUCUGGGACUGGGAGAUAGCUGAUACAUCCCUCAAACUAAGUCAGCCAACGGUCUUGUGCUCCCUUAUAGGGUUUGAGAACUUAUGUUAUUUUCUACAUUAGUGGUGCACAAUUUAAUGGCAAUUCAUUGAACUCCACGUAAAGAGUAUUCCCGGUAGGCUAUAUACACAUUUAAACAAAACAAAUUUUUAGGUUGAAUGAGAGGCUAACCAGGAAUCAAUGUUUCCGUUGACAGUUAUAUUUCUUGUUUUAUUGAAGACAUCACUGCACCAUAUAACAGGAUCAUUUCACUGUGUUCACCUGUACCAGUUUCUUUAUAAGUGUUUUCAAAUUUAUUUAAGGUACUUCUUUAGAACACAACUGGUAUGUUUUCAACAUACCCGAGGUAGAUGACAUAGUGAACUCAACGGGUGGUAGUGAAAGACUGUCACAGAAUCAAACUAUUGAUGUUCCAUGUGUUAUUUCCUAAAUCAAACUAUGUCUCAAGUUGUCUUUAAUAUUUGACUUAUUUUAGGGGAUGGUUUUCUAUUCACAAUGCUUUUGUUGUUUUGAAAAAAUGUAUGCUGUAGAGCAAAUAGAAGUGGCCACAAAUGUUUUCAUUUGUCGUAUGUUUGUAUGUUCAUAUUUCUUCCACAAUGAAGUAUUUUUAUGAUACUUGCCAGCUGUUGUACUUACAAUACAAAUGUAUAAAUAAACCAAACUUGAACAUGUUGACUGUGGUGGGACUAAUGCUGUAAUGUUUUAGUUUGUAAAUGUUCACUCUUGUGUCAAAUCAUUUUGAUGAGGUGAUUUUGUUUCAUUUAAAAUGCUGCUGUCACCUUUCUCCCCAGUCACGAACAUUUACAUCAUUCAUCACAGAAAAUAGUUUUGUUGAAAUAUUUCUUUCUUUGUGAACAUAAAACUUGCUUUAAUGAUUUUAGUUUUAUCUUUUUAUCAGUUGUAGGAGUUUUGGGCUUGUUUUUCUAUGAUUACAAUGUAAUACUAUAUCAGAAUAUUUUCUAUUAUUUUAACUUCUUAAAUCUUCAGUCUGGGGGUUCUGCCUCUCAUUAUCAAACAACCAGAGUUGUCACCCCUAUAUUAUUAACAUUUCCUCAGCCAAAGGAUUAUUUUCUGUGAUGUUUGCUGGUCACACGUUAGUUUGGGUUCUGUUUCUCAGUAUCUCAUUUUGUCACAAUACAGAUCUUGAUGGUCUUGACUAGCAUUAUUACCAGAUCUCGGGCAAUCUUGUAAAAACAAACAUGCGUAAAGCAUCUUCAAUUUGAUGUCUGUUUGGUACAUUAAAAUUUGAAUGAAACAGCACUCUGGUGUGUUUAUUUUCUUGAAGUGACUUUGUUGAAUUAGCAUGCAUGUAUUCACUUUUUGUUCAGUGUACGCAAAUGGAUACUUGUUGAGUCUUGUGGGGAAUAGCAUAUUUAUGUGAGACUGUAAUAUAGAUUUUCCAUCAGUAUCAGCCAUUGUAAGUGGAUCAAUUUCAUGAAGAAAACCAGCAAUAGGUUACUUGUGCGUGUGGCAGUGAUCUUGUUUACUCUCGUUGGGUUCCGUUGUUUUGGAUGCUCAGCUGGAUGAACUGUUUCCAAAACAUUUACAACUUUCAUAGAAAGAUCCAAUUUGGUCAUAUGCAUAAAUUUUAACAGCAACACAAAAUAUUUUUGAAAUGGUGCUGUUUUGAUACAUUGUGUGAGAAAUAUAUGAAACAGAUUUUCUUUUGAUUCCAGUUACCCAUCAUCUGCAUAUCAAGCAUAGGGCAUUUGUUUGUGAUUUGUCUUGCAGUACCUCUGUAAAUAAACCCUGCUAUCACAAUAGCUCCAUAUUCAUUCAGUUAUAUCAGACUGAUGUUAUUUCAUCAUGGCAUUAGGCUGAUGUAAGUUGAGGUAAGAUUUACCUGCUCUCACUAGAGUUUAAUGUAUAUCCAGUUAUUUGUGCAAUCUUAAAGCUACAAGCAUAGAGUACUUGCUGACGUAGACAUAAGGCAGUCAUAAUGUGAAGAUAUACUUGUGACAUGAGGCUUAGGUGUUUAUAAAUCUUACCUGGUGACUAAAGAUGCACAUUACAGAAUAUAACCUGGAUGGUGAGCCAUAUGUUGAGGAUUACAUUGUCUUUGUACACACAAGAAUCUCUCUGAAACAAGAUAGAAUGGGUAAUAUUGUGGCCUGAAACUAACAUUCCUUGGGAAAGGAGAGUAUAUUUGCAGAAUCCCUAAUUCAUAGUCAUGAAGAGAUGGAGUUGACUUGCAGUCUGGAGUAGGAUCUUGUGUCAGAUUCAUGUCUGUUCGUUGUAUACAACAGACAGAAUAAAAUGCUUGUGGCAAAGUGU